AUGAACGACACGGACGAAGUCGAGGCUGGGCCUUCGGCUCCAAAACGUAUGAAAAUCUCACAAAAUAAUAAAAGAGCUAGCACAAAGAAGUUUCUUACUGAUGACGAACUUCAGGCCAUCUUAGAAGCGAGUAGUGAUAGUGACGUUGACAUCUACUUGAACGACGGAAGUGAAGAUUCCUCGUCGGAAUCUGGUGACGAAGAUGAGAGUAUUUUUGAUUUUCAACAAACUCAGACUGUUAGUACCAACAAGGACGAAUUUCAAUGGACAGAGGAUUCAGGCUCUAUGAAAUCAGUAGAAUUUACCAAAGAAGAGAAAAUGCUUAUUCCAAUUCCUGGUAAGGAGCCGAUAGAUUUUUUCAUGAUGUUUUUGACUCAUGAGUUUCUGGAAAGCAUAGUAGAGCAGACCAACAUAUAUGCAACGGAAGUUUUUUUAUCCAAAGGAACUAAAGAAAAAUCCAGAAUAACUAACUGGAAAGAAACGACAAAUGAAGAAAUGAUCGUCUUCUUGGGAUUACUCUUGCACAUGGGUAACAUUAGAAUGAGUAGAUUGCAGGAUUAUUGGAAGACAGACCCACUGUUCAAUAUAAAUAUUUUUCAUUCUAGUAUGAGUAGAAAUAGAUUUUUACUAAUAAUGAGAACGCUCCAUUUUGCAAAAAAUCCAGAACCCGGUGAGGCAGUUCCCCAAGACAGAUUGCAUAAAAUUAGACCACCCGUACGUUUUUUCAAUGAAAGAAUGAGCAAAAUAUUUUAUCCUGGCAGAGAGUUGAGCUUAGAUGAGUCCAUGAUGUUGUGGCGCGGUAGACUGGUAUUUCGUCAAUAUAUAAAAAACAAACGACAUAAAUACGGAAUAAAAUUGUACAUGCUAACCGACCCUAAUGGAAUUAUUUUAAAAUUCAUGGUGUACACAGGUUCACUGGAUGAUUGCGGCGGAAAAGGUCACACUGAAAAAGUUGUUCUGCAUCUUUUAGAUGGCAAGUUAAAUGUUGGACACUCUUUAUACAUGGACAACUUUUAUAAUAGUCCCGCUCUUGCCAAAACGUUGCUGAAGCAAAACACACAUUGCACAGGCACACUCCGUAUUGACCGAAAAGACUGUCCAACUGAAGUCAAACAAAAAAAAUUAAAGCGAGGUGAAACUAUUGCAAGAUAUUCAGGGGGUAUAUUAGUUGGCAAAUGGAAAGACAAGAGAGAUGUGUGCUACAUAUCUAAUGAAUAUGAGAAUACUAUGCUAAAUGUCACAAACAGAAGAGGAGAUACUAGAGAAAAGCCUCUGCCAAUAAUCCAAUACAAUACAUAUAUGGCAGGAGUAGAUAGGCAAGAUCAAUUAUUAUCGUAUUAUCCAUGCGAAAGGAAGACUAUAAGGUGGCCAACUAAAAUUUUCGUUCAUAUUCUUCAAAUGAUGCUAAUAAAUGCUCACGGACUUUACAAUAAAUACUCGGGUAAAAAAAUGAAUUUAUACGAUUUUAGAGUUGCGGUAAUACGCAAAUUGCUACCAACACAAACUGUUGUGCAAGAAAAUCAGCCAAAACUUGACGCACAUUAUUUGGUCAAGCGUGAGGAGAAAACAUCGUCUGGGAAAAUAAAGAGAAAGGCGUGUAAGACGUGCUACAAAAAGAAUAAGCGCACGGAUACAACAUACGUCUGCCAGAAAUGUCCAGGUCUUCCAGGCUACUGCCUCGAUUGUGCAACGCUUACACACGUAUAA